GGAAGUGCCGUUAAAUAGCAGGAAGCUGUAAACAAAACCGACCGCUAUUUGGCUAGCUGUUUACUACACAUGAAUAGAAUUAGUUGCGCAAAACCGGUUACAAAGCGCAUUUAUCAGCAAUACAACCAACCCGUUCGCACGCAGUUGUCGAUCUGCCGCUGUUUUGUGUGUUCUUCCCAGCUAGGCUAACGGGGACAGCCCUCCGCUACGGUAAAAAGCUAACAAGGACCUUUUGCGAGCUCUCGUUGUCUCCAACACAGCAAAGUGAACAUAAAUCGUGUUUUAUUUACCGGACUUUACGGUUUGUGACCAACAUAAGUAUCCGCUCGGUGUCGUUAACUGGCAGAAAGACGGAGGGUUCGUCCGUAAUUAGCAAAACAACAAUGUCAACAUCCAACGCCAAUUUCAAGAACAAGUGUGUUACCCUGGUGAACUGCAUCUUCUGCGAUAGUCUGCUCUGCACCAGAGGCAUGAAGGCAGUGCUGCUAGCAGACACCGAAGUGGAGCUCUUUUCUACGGACAUACCUCCAAACAGAACUGUUGAUUUUGUGGCCAGCUGCUACUCAACUGAAAGCUGUAAAUGCAAACUGAGAGACAUCGCGUGUCUAAAAUGCGGGAAUGUUGUUGGCUAUCACGUGGUCGCCCCCUGUAAACCCUGCCUGCUCUCCUGCAACAAUGGCCACUUCUGGAUGUUCAACAGUGACGCCGUCUCUACCCUCAACAGACUUGAUGCAACGGGUCUAAAUCUUCUCCUGUGGGGAGAUCUUCCAGAGCUGGAUGACAGUGAGAGCGACGAAUCAGGAAGCCCAUCAGAGGAGGAGUGUAUUAGGUAGAGAGGGAUGACAGGAAACGACCUGGAGGCUUACAUUUAGGAGUAAAAGUGGAAAGCACACGUAUGAAAGAGUAACUCAACACCAAAUCGCAUAGAGCAGAUAAGAGACCACCUGCAGCUCAGACCACACCCCAAAACACUGAUGUCACAGCAGCAGGUGUUUUUUUUUUUCACCUGACAGGUGAAGCACACCAGCUCUGACAUCACCCGCUGAGGUGUGGCCAGAAAAGUUCUUGUAAUUUAGUGUUAAAUUACUCCUUAACCUGUGACCAAUGCCUUUCUUUUCUUACUUAUCACUGCUGAAGCACAGACACACACUCGCCGCUCAUUUUUAAUCCACAUUUCACGGGCUCAGAAAGAAAAAGCUGAAGACUUUAACUGAGCUUGAUCCCUGUUGCUCGGCAUGUAUUUUUUUUUACCAGCCUCUAAAGAAUAGAAGAUGAUGUUAUGAGGCGUAACUGUGAAUGCUGUGCUUGUUCGCGCUGUUUAUUUUGAAGCAGACGUUCGCUACAUUUCACUGAUCUUUAGUAGGAGUUAUAAUCUGUAUACUGAAUAUGCUGUGAUGAGGAAACUCAGAUUCUGAGUGAUGUCUUUAAAAGGCCUGUAUUUCUGCUGUGGGGCUCGGUGCUGAAUGAAACCUCCAGUGCUUUUGGAAUCUCACCUGUUAGACAAACGGCACAAUGACUAAAUGAUGGUCACAAAUUGAGCUUUUUAUUUGUUUUUCUUACAACCUAGAAGUGAAAGAUGUUCUGCUGCUGCAUUAUCCUUGUGGUGCAAGCUGGGUAAACGUACAGAAGGGUCCAUCAUCCAUGGUGUGUUUAUGUAGCAGCACAUCUGUAGCAUCUGGACGAGAGUAAGAAUCGCCAACUCCCAAGAAUCAUCCACCACGAUGGUAUUAACUUGUAAGCUGGUCUCUCAAUUAAAAUUAGCGGCGUUUCACAUCUCGUGAAACGAAGACGUCUGGAUCCUUGCUGACAUUUCGUUAUCUGAGAAUGAACCGCGGUUAAACCAGAGUCUGUUGGGGGCUCCACCUUCAGCAGAGUUUUAAAUCCCUCAACCACAAAAGAAAAAAAAAUAUUUAUUUAUUUUUUGCUUUGCCACUUUUGAGCCCUUCUUCUUCUGCUAAUUUUGCAUUCCUGUCUUGAGGUACUUGUCUCCCUCUUUGCUUUUGUAGAAAGAAAACAUUGAAUGUUAACUUCUUACCUGAGAGCAGAGGAUAAAAGGUGGUUUGUUUUAUUUUUGCAUAAUUUGCCUGUUGUAUUUAGCUUUGCUACAGCUUUAAAUUAUAAAAAAACAGAUGGAAGCUUUUACUUUAAUUUAAAGUUAGAACUGACCGUGGGUGACUCUCGCACCCUAGUGUGUGUGUGUGCAGACAGGAAAUUAUGCAUUAUCUUAAUAUUUAUUAAACACCAAAUACUGUAACCACAUUUUAUUUUAUUUAUUUUUCUAACAAACUUGGUUUACAAAUGCUUUGAUUUGUGUUGUGCUGUUUCUGUCUGAUAAAUAUUCUUGACUCUUUUAUGUUACUGAUGGGAUGUGUUCAGUUGUACCUCAUGCAGGUAUCACAUAGGAGUUUCCUCUGGACAGGACGCUCGUUUUGAAUGAUAAUCAUGAUUAUUUAAACGUCUGUUUCUGAUGUGAUUAACAUGCCCAGCUGAUGAUGUAUAUUUUGGAAUUGCACUGAAAUGGCUUAGUUGUUUGAAAUGACUUGUUUUGUAUGCUUGUUUGGUUAAUAAAGUUUAUUUUUUUUUUCAAAAU